AGAAACUUAUAAUAUAAUUAAGAUAAUCUAAAAAAAUAUGUAUAUAUAGUUGUUUUGUUUAUUCUUGAAGUUCAAGUCUAAUAGAAGUUCAUCUUGAAGAAUGGAUCCUACUUUGUUAAGUUUGCCUACAAGUUAGCUACAACAGCCCUAGCUAUCACGCAAGAGGAGGCCGACCAGGAGGAUGAUUCGACAGAAAUGGGAGCAGAGGUUGAAUUUUAUGACCUCAUGAAUUGGGAAAGGCUGUGGCGCUUGGUGAUUCCACCAAAAUCAAAAUCUUCGUAUGGAAAAUGGUUCACGACAUCCUAGCUACGGGGAAGAACAUUGAAGGGAGGAAGAGGGAGGCAUAUGCAGAAUGCCCAUUCUGCCAUUUAGAUGAAACCCAAAACCAUAUCUUUCAGGAGUGCCAGUGGGCUAUUCGAGUGUGGCGACCCUCGGAUUUCAGACCACUGUUUGAAUUAGAGCCAAACCAAUCCAUGGGAAGCUGGCUGUGCGAGAUUAUGGAAAAGGUGGACAAUGAUUCCCUAGGUCAAUUGGGAAUGAUUCUGUGGGCUAUGUGGAACGAGAGGAACAAUCAAUUGUUCAACAAAAAGAAGGCAGAAGAGUGGGAAAUUGUGCUUAGGGCGACUAAUUACUGGGAGGAGUUCAAUCAACUUCAAGGCAAGGCCAUAGAGGGGAAGGAGAAGGAACCACGAACCUGGAUUCGACCGCCUGAAGGUUGGAUGAAAGUAAAUGUUGAUGCGGCGGUGCUGGAAGGGGGGAUCAGAAUGGGAGCAGUCGCCAGGGAUUCCCAUGGCAAAUUUGUGAUGGCACCGGUAGGUAGAGAGCGACGGCCAUGGCCGCCGAAACUGGCGGAGUUACGGGCAAUCGAAUUCGGGCUGCAGAUGGUGGAGGAGAAUUUUGGGGCGGUGGUUGUGGAAUCAGACUGCAUGAAUGCUAUCCUCAAACUGAAGAAAAUGGGGAGCUCUCGACUGGAGGAAGGAGUACGUGUACGAGAAAUUCAGGAGAAGGCGAACCAAACCGGACCAGUCACUUGGAGUUUUGGAAGAAGGGAGGGGAACCAAGCGGCCCACUUUAUGGUCCAUCUUAGGUGGAAUUGGGAUAAAACUGAAAAAUGGGUUGGCAGGUCACUCAUCUGUCUGUUAAACUGUUUGGACUCUGAUGCUUUAGCCCAUUAAUAAUAUUUAGAUUUCCUAUAUAAAAAGGUUCAUCUUGAACUUUCCUCAUUGCACUCAAAGUCUCCAGUGUUGUCUUCUCUAAUUGCAUCAAGUAUUUUGGAAGAGCUGAUGCGGCUUUAAGUACUUUUUUUCGCGUGACCAGUUCGAAAGGUGUUGAAUCGUCAUCUCCUUCAUCCUCAAUUGAACCCCCAAUGACAUCAACCACAAAUUCUUUUAACAUUUGUGUCGCGAUACAUUCAUCAUUUACCUGGAUACUCCAACAAAUGACUUACAUCCAUCUUAUUACGAUAACCCAUACCAUUAAUCAUAUCACAUGAACUUGAAAUGUUUGGAAGAUAUGAUGAACGUACAUCAUAAGAAAAACCACUUUAAACU